ACCUCCGCUAUUCAUUCGAUUGGUCAUUUUCUACUGUCUGCACACAUUAAUUAAUCAUAUAUAUAUAUAUAUAUAUCAGAAGCUAGUUUUCAGAGUUGGUUUGCAGGGGGCGGAGAUCGAAUGCAUGUACUAAUUAGUACCAGUAAUUAAGUUGUUUGUUGAAAUGAAGUUCAAGCAUGAAAGAUAUGUAAGGUUUAAGGAGGAUACAAUUCUUAGCGGGGAGCAAUAUUCUGAUAGUAGUAGCAGUUAUUAUGAUCGCCCGCCAAGAAAUGGUUAUGGACGAAUCGUCCAACUGCCAUCUUUAAUAUUAAGCGGAUUUAAGCACCGUGGCUUCAAGAGUAGUAGUAACCAUCACCAUGGGUCGCCUAAAGAAGCAUCUGCAAAUAAGAAAAAGAUGAUGACCCUAGACCCACAGGGCUCUUUUCUUCAAAAGUGGAACAAAGUAUUUGUCAUCAUUAGCAUCAUUGCUGUCUCCUUAGACCCGCUGUUCUUUUACAUUCCUGUUAUUAACAGCGACGAAAACUGCCUCGGUUUAGACAACCAUAUGAAGAUUAUCUCCUGUGUUCUUCGAACUGUGAUUGAUCUCCUUUACCUUCUCCACAUAAUCUUCGAGUUCCGCACUGGGUUUAUCGCUCCUUCUUCUAGAGUGUUUGGAAGGGGUGAACUGAUCGACGACUCUUUUGCUAUUGCAAGGCGAUACUUGUGCUCUUACUUCAUGGUGGACAUAUUGUCAAUCCUUCCCCUUCCCCAGGUGACCAUUUUGAUCAUCAUACCAACCAGAAAGGGACCGAUUUCAUUGGUCACUAAGGAUUUGCUCAAGUUUGUCAUCUUUUCUCAGUAUAUCCCACGAUUUAUUCGGAUCAUUCCGCUAUAUACAGAAGUGACUAGGACUUCUGGCAUAUUUACUGAGACCCCCUGGGCGGGAGCUGCUCUCAAUCUCUUUAUCUAUAUGCUAGGCAGUCAUAUAAUCGGAUCCUUCUGGUAUUUAUUCUCAAUAGACAGGGAAGAUGACUGCUGGCGUGCUGCAUGCAAGGCUAAUGACGCCUGUGAUGUCAAUUAUCUAUACUGUGGAGAGGACCGUAAGGGUACUGGAGACUAUUCAUUUCUAAGUACAUCUUGCCCCCGUCUUCAACCAGAUCAAAUACAAAAUCCAUCAGAUUUUGACUUUGGCAUAUUUCUUGAUGCUUUCGAGUCUCACGUGGUGGAAACCAAAGAUUUCCCAAAAAAGUUCUUGUACUGCUUUUGGUGGGGUUUAAGAAAUUUAAGCUCACUUGGUCAGAACCUCAAGACAAGUAAGUACGUGUGGGAGAUGCUAUUCGCCAUCUCCAUCUCCAUUCUGGGAUUGGUCUUGUUUUCAUUUCUGAUUGGCAACAUGCAGAAAUAUCUUCAAUCUAUGACUGUAAGGGUAGAAGAAAUGAGGGUAAAACGGAGGGAUGCAGAGCUGUGGAUGUCUCAUCGCUUGCUACCUGAUGAUCUAAGGGAGCGUGUGAGGCGCUAUGAACAAUACAAAUGGCAAGAAAACCGGGGAGUCGAUGAAGAAUCUCUCAUUCGCAACCUGCCCAAAGACUUGAGAAGGGACAUAAAGCGUCAUCUUUGCUUGUCUCUACUUAUGAGAGUGCCGAUGUUUGAAAUUAUGGAUGAGCGGUUGUUGGAUGCAAUGAGCGACUGCCUGAAGCCAGUUCUUUACACAGAGAAUAGCUACAUAGUCCGAGAGGGGGAUCCGGUAGAUGAGAUGCUAUUUGUCAUGCGUGGAGAGUUGCUAACCAUGACCACCAACGGUGGAAGAACAGGAUUCUUUAACUCUAUCUUUCUUAAAGCAGGUGACUUCUGCGGAGAUGAACUUCUCACAUGGGCAUUGGAUCCAAACUUGUCUACAAGUCUACCCAUCUCAACCAGAACGGUGAGACCAGUGACAGAUGUAGAAGCUUUUGCUUUAAAGGCUGAUGACCUCAAGUUUGUCGCCUCUCAGUUUAGACGUCUACACAGCAAGCGCCUCCAGCAUACUUUUAGGUACUACUCACAGCAAUGGAGGACAUGGGGAGCUUGUUUUAUACAGGUGGCAUGGCGCAGACACUGUAGAAGGAAGCAAGAGAAGGCCUUGUGGGAGGAAGAAAAGAGACUACAGGAUGCAUUAGCAGAGGGUGCUGAAACCUCAUCCCCAAGUCUUGGUGCAGCAAUCUAUGCAUCCAGGUUUGCUGUCAAUAUAUUACACAACUUGAGGAGGAAUCGCUCACAUACUUCAAAACUAUUGUUGCCUGUAAUACCAUCCUUGCUGCCACAGAAACCAGUGGAUCCCGAUUUUAGUAAUGAGGUCAUUGAAUAAGCUAGGUACUAUUCUUUAUAAGUAUUGGUCGGUACUACAUCUAAAGAGUUCACACAUACAGUUUGGUCGAUAAUUUGUGCAAUAUACUAUACCUUUUAUCAGCAUUAUGGAUAUGGAAGAAUAUAAAAGUAUACUUGUGCCA